GUUGCAGACUUUGAGUGGCCCCAAAGAAGAAAGAAAAGAUGCAAUUUCCUUUGGUUUGAUAUUCUCUUCAACCUCUUACCUCUCUAUUCUCGUCUUUAGCAAAAUCUCAAAAGACAAAAAGAUAUUGAUGUCUCUCCAACGACCCAAUGGGAACUCGAGUUCGUCUUCUUCCCACAAGAAGCACAAAACUGGUAGGUGUUGAAAGAAACUUAUCUAAUAUUUAACUUAAUUUGGUUUAGAGAAAUUGGUUUGUAUAAUUCUCAGAGGAAAGUGAUGAGGAGUUGUUGAUGGUUCCUGACAUGGAAGCAGCUGGAUCAACAUGUGUUCUAAGCAGCAGCGCCGACGAUGGAGUCAACAAUCCGGAGCUUGACCAGACUCAAAAUGGAGUCUCUACAGCUAAACGCCGCCGUGGAAGAAACCCUGUUGAUAAAGAAUAUAGAAGCCUCAAGAGAUUAUUGAGGAACAGAGUAUCAGCGCAACAAGCAAGAGAGAGGAAGAAAGUGUAUGUGAGUGAUUUGGAAUCAAGAGCUAAUGAGUUACAGAACAACAAUGACCAGCUCGAAGAGAAGAUUUCUACUUUGACGAACGAGAACACAAUGCUUCGUAAAAUGCUUAUUAACACAAGGCCUAAAACUGAUGACAAUCACUAAAUAUUUACCCUUUAAUCCAUUGUUCAGUGUUGUAUGAUUAUCUUUCUUUCUUUUUUGGUUUUGGUUUGUAUACACUUUUUGUUCGAAUAACAUUCACUUUGAGCAUCAUUGUCAUUCAGAUUUGC